GUCGCUCGCUAGAUGUCGGGUUGAAACAUAAACAUCGACUGUAGCCGGUCUCACUUAAAUAAAAAUGAGCAAAAAACUGGUAGUUCUGGCAAGAUUUAGCGAAUGCGGCAUUCCAGAAUCAACUGUAUUCAUUUUAAAUAAAAAAAAGGCAUUGAAAGAUUACCCACAAAUUUUGGAUAAAUGUGAUACCAGCAAUGUCGACGAAAUUUCCUUCUACUGUAUGGAUGUUCACGCUGCAUCAUUUUUACGCAGCGAACUUCAGAGGGCUAGUUUUCUUAGGAGACAGGUGUGGAAAAAUCAUUCAACUCUUUUGGAAACUGGUACAGUGGUUUUGCAAAUCUUAUUGAAGGAGCCUAUUCGCUACCACAUGGAUCGAAGAUUUGGUUCCCAAGUUCAGCUGCUAGUCAAUGAAAAAAUUGAAUUGGAUCACAUUAUGUCUUGCUUGUCCACCUUAGGAGGAGCCUUCUCAUCACUGGGAGAUCAGUUUCUUGACUGUGCAAAAAUUGCAGGGAAGAUUUCCUUACAACAAUAUAAAAUUGCUGAAAAGCUCUCUGACCCUGUAACACUGAUGCGUUGCCAGCUGUAUCUUUCUAUUAGCUUGAUCCAGUGCAACCGCUUUAAGAAUGCCAAAAUUGUUAUCACCUCAGUUUAUAGAUCAAUGAAGUCUAGACCAGAAGAACUCCAGGAUAAAAGGGUCAUCUCCAUGUGCCUAGGUAUCUGGGCUAAACUCAAAUAUCAUUGGUAUCUAGAGAAAAAACAAAUCUACAUUACAUAAUAAAGAUCUGUUAAGCAUACCCCAAAAGAUAUGGCCCCAACAAUAUUCAAACAAAUCUCUUAAAAAAUAUCAAACCACCUGUAAGGGAUCGUGAUCAUUAAGAGAUACAUCAAUCUGAACAUCUUCUCCAAGGGCUGAAUGAAGAACUUCUUUCCAUUUGGAAAGAAAUCCACGUUCAGUGUUUGAGUGCUCACAUAAAAUGACGCUAGUUCCACGAUGAA